AUGAGUGGGGAUAUACCUAACGAUAUUACGGGCCAUAUCGAAGUUAUGUGCGAAUUCGAUGACGAUAACGAACAUUGUCCACAAGAACCGAUGUGUGAAAAUAACGAAGAUUCGGACAUUAGCGAUCGGCCCUUUGUUUUGCUCAAGCCUAAGUGGAUGAAGACUAAGAACUAUAAAUUCUUGAAGCAGCCGGUAGUUUUGUCCAUAGAAAAACACGCAGACAUUUAUACAAAAUUAGGAGCACUGAAUCCAUUACAGUUAUUCGAAUUAUUUAUCGAUGCUGAUGUCAUCAAUUUCAUUGUUCAAAGUACAAACCGAUAUGCGGCUAUCGAUCGCAAUGAUCCCUCUUUCAAAACCGAUGUCGAAGAAGUGCGCAAAGUAAUAGGAAUAUUGUUUGUGACUGGGUAUCACACAUUGCCGAUAAUCAGGUGUUAUUGGUCGGAUAGCCCAUCUUUAGGUUGUGCGAUAAUAAAAGCAAGCAUGACUCGUGAUCGUUUUCUUCGUGUCAAAGCGCAUCUCCAUGUAUGCGAUAACCGAAGCCUCGAUCCGAAAGACAAAUUCGCCAAGGUGAUACCCUUGAAUGAUAUGAUGAACGAACGGUUCAUGCAAUUCGGCGUCUUCGCUCACAAUUUAUCGAUCGACGAACAAAUGAUUGCAUAUUUUGGUCGACAUUCUUGUUAA